AAUCAUUUCAUCCUCAAUCGAAUCAUUUUCCAGAAGAUUGUUCAGCGCUGCAUUGAGUCUGAGGCAGAACAUCUUCAAGCAGUAAAUACAGCCUGUAUUCCAGAUAAUUCGGAUCGCAAUGACUAGGUUGUAGACAAGAGCCGGACUGGAACGGUCGCCUAUGUCGGAGGAACCUCGGCAGAACCGCGGAGUUCAAAGAUAGGAGAAGUGCGGUGCCAGCGUUCAUGAUCAAACGUCUACGUGAACGUGUUUGCAGAACGCGACUGGCUGCUGUAUCUGCCCGUAAGCGGGCGCAGCGAGGAUGCUUCAUAAACUCAUCGGCGCUCUGCUUGUACUUCAUCUGCACUUAGCUGACUGCUAUGACUCCUGCCCGUUGCUGCAUUCGGCAAAUUUCGAGUCCGGAACAGGCGGACUGAGCGGGUACACACAGCUGACCAACGACGACUUCAACUGGAAGCGGAAAACAUCAACAACCCCGACAUGGUAUACGGGACCAUCGUCUGAUCAUACGUACGGCAACAAGAGUGGACACUAUUUCUAUAUCGAGGACAACACCGGAAAGAAGGAUGAUACGGCAACCCUCCAAUCGCCACUGCUCAUGUCCACCGACCUGGAACAGGAGUGCUACCUGCAGUUCUGGUACAACAUGCGAGGCCUCAACAUAGGCAGCCUAUCCGUGUAUCUUCGCGAUCAGGGAGCAACCACUAACAGCUUGUUGUGGCAACGUUCUGGAAGCCAGUGCACGUCCACCAGCUGGAGGCUAGGGAUUGCAAGGCUAAAGCGAAGCAACGCGAAGAAUUUUUACUUACUUUUCCAAGGAAAGACAGUGGACAGGCUGCUUGGAAACACCGGUGACAUAGCAAUUGAUGACAUCACUGUUCAUUGCUGCGCAGGAUGUUCUGCUUCAAACGUUCUCAGCUUGGCGGAAUUCACCACGACUUGGAACGGCUACUCUCAGUCAAAAUCUGACAAUUUUGACUGGAGACGCAAGAGGGCAUCUACUUCGACUGGUGGGACUGGCCCAACGUUUGACAUCACUACAGGCGAUCCUGGCUGCUCUCCUUCUAACGGCGGAUUCUAUAUCUAUACUGAGGCCAGUUCGCCUCGGAAACCAGGCCAGUAUGCCACACUCACCUCAGCAUUGAUCCCGCCACCAUCAUCCGAUGACCUAUGCUUCGUGUCGUUCUGGUACAACAUGUACGGAAGCGCUAUCGGCUCGCUGAAGGUCGGCACGAACCUAGGAACGACCGACUCGACGGUGUUUUGCAGGAACGGCCCUCAGUCGGGCAGCAGCACGCAGUGGAUCAAGGGACUGAUAUGGGUGCGACCGAAAGGAAACAAAUUCAAGGUGCAAAUCACGGGCAAACUCAGCACCACAAGUUCAAGUACGUGGCUCGGCGACAUAGCCAUGGACGACAUUUCGGUGUCGUGUUGCGGAGAAACGUGCGACUAUUUCUACCCGGCUGAGUUUGAGUGCGGCGGUCUUGACGGCUUUGUUGGCACGUGGAAACGGAUCAGCGCCGCCGGAGGCUACGAUUACACAACUUGGCGUUCGUCUGGUUCGGUGUUGAGUUCUGUGGAGGGCGCUUCACUGGCGAUUGCAACGACAGCUUGGACCAAAAUCAUCACGAAGACGUCCACUGGUGGCAACCUGUGCAACCUGACCUUCUUUGCCAAUGUGACGGCAAUGAAGGACGGCGCCUUGGUAGUGACAUCUGCAGGUCUUCUCACACAGAUUAUCUACACCAUGAGGCAGAAGGAUGGGACAUCCAAGAAGUGGUUCAAGGUCUCCAAGUCAUUCUCCCUGCCAGGAAAGUCUACAAGCGUCCAGGUGGUGUUCACUGCCAUCUCUGGCACCGGAUGGAAGAACAUCUGGAUCGAUGAGGUCUCUCUGAGCUGUUGUCCGAAACCGCCUGUUGUCGUCAGUACAUCCACUAUCCCAGUUUUAACCCUGGCACAGACUACCAAGAAGCCUCCUGUCACUAUCCCAGUAAUCACUGAUAUCCCCACCAAACCACCAAUGAUAACCGAGCUGACGAAGCCUCCUACGACGAUGCCAACUACAGCUCCAACAACCAUGCCGACCACUGCACCUACUACUACACCGACAACAACACCAACCACUACACCGACUACCACACCAACCACUACUCCAACCACCACGCCGACUACUACACCAACUACCACACCAACUACUACACCGACCACCACACCAACCACCACACCAACUACUACACCGACCACCACACCAACCACCACCCCGACAACCACACCAACUACUACACCAACCACUACACCGACCACCACACCGACCACGACGCCGACCACCACACCAACCACCACCCCAACCACUAUCUCAACCACCAUACCGACUACGAUACCUCUGACAAUGCCAAAGACCACACCAGCUUCUCCACCUACUACAAUCGCUUCCAGUGCACCGACAACACGAAUUGCAACAACCCCACCACGAACCACCCUGCCCACCACACCGCCAUCCACCAAGCCAACCACUUCACUUCCAACCACCAAGCCAACAACUCCCCCACCAACAACCAAGCCCACAGCCAAACCCACCACCAUUGUCACUACGCCUCGAGCGACCACACUGCAGCCGUUACCCACUACACAGCCGACAACACAGCCCUUGCCGGGUACCUCAUCUGCAAAGACCACCCAGGAGAAAACAAGCCCGAUGCCUGGAACAACGCCCCAAUCUAUGACACCAGUCCCGCCGACAACGGACGAUCAGCAGCAGACAACCUUCGCGAUCUUCGUCAACCCCAACAAGCAAACCGGCGGAGAGAAUAACAUCGGUGCGGUCGCUGGAGGUGCAGCUGCUGGUGCGGCGCUGCUCCUUCUGGCGUUAAUACUGCUAGUGUUGUUUGCACGCCGGCGACGAAGUCAUGCCGACGACAAGCAGAUCAUACUGGAGGCCGCCACGCAGUCCUCCAGUAUACAAGUGCGCAAUCCAAUGUUCGACAUGGACGAUUCUUGCAUCACCAGUGGUAUACGUAACCCGGUUUUCAAUGACAAAGUGGCCACCGCAAAUGGUGGCUCUGCUGUGCAAGCACACCAAGGGUCUCGGCCCACUGCUAUGCAGAACGGGGGCGGCUUGGCCAGUCCCACACGCGGCACCGCGCUACCACCACGCACACGACAGGCACAGCCGGCCAGCACCGCACACGGCAGUCGUCUGGAUCCAUAUCAACUCAACGCCGGCCCUGUGUCACAGGGAGUCAUGGCAGAGCGGUCUGAGAGUGUCAGGUACAAAGUACUGGAGAAGCGAGGCUCAACCAUUGAAGAUGAUGACUAUCUGGAUAUGGAUGGCCAAACCAAUGAAGAUGGUGAAUACGUAGAGGAAUACGAUGGACAGCAGCUGAUUGCCGGAAAGCAGACUUCUGUAGCGAUUGACAAGCUUCAUCAGCUGCCAUCACCAAAACGAUCCGGUACUAUUCCUCAGCUUGAGGCCAUCCAGCCGUCGGGUGAAUACUCGGCCCUCAAGAGACGGACUAGCAAUCCUGUCGGUAGACCAGCUGCCCAACCAAACGCCCCAACCAGUGGAAAGGAGAUGUAUUCCACUCUGCAGACAGAGCAGCCGCCAAGAAGCAAUGGUGUGAUUUAUACGCGGGUGCAAGCAUCUAGUGCAGCGAGCAAUGAUGCUGUCUAUUCCCAAGCAGUAGCACCGAGCGCAGUAAUCAAGCCUGGAGAGAAAGGCUACAGUAAACUGCAACGAGAUGAGGGACGAGCAGCGCAACCAUCAGCUCCAGCAAGUGAUGCAGUCAGUUACUCCAGACUCAGUCAACACGGACGGCAUGUAUCUCAGACACGAUCACAGUCUGAGCGGGCUCCAAAGCAGACUCAAGGAGGAAGCUAUGCCCAGCUAGAUCUGGCCACCAGCAGACCCACAAAGAAGAGAGUUGCCAGGAAACCGGCUCAAAGCACACUCCCUGCGAACACUUCCCUGCCAAUGAACGAUCCCUUCAAGGAGUUGAUGGAAUGAGGCUGCCCGGAAAGCACACUGCUGCACUGCACCACUGUACAGUACCUCGGAACAGUUCUCUUGUUUCCCGUUGUGAUCAAUUGAUUGUCUAUCAUAUCUCCUCUGCAUUCUAUAACUUGAAUCCUCUGCAGGCGACUCGCCAGCGUACAAUGCACUCCAUUUCACACAACCCCAUGUCUAUUUUGCACUUUGUGUCAUAAUUUAUUAUCGUGUACAUGCUUUUGGGAAUGAAUGACCUAGUGCUUGGGCUACAAGCAGUACUCACUUUAGCAGUACUCACUCAGCAGUCUCCUUGGAAACAACAACGGCAUUCUUUACAAUAAGGAGAUAAUUUACUUUGAAUAAUAUGGUCCAGCUCGGUGUUUUUUGCCAAAGCUGUUCAGCGCAUUUCUUUCGCCACCUGCCCUUGGGAACUCCGGUGUAAGCAGGGCAUCACAGUCAGCUAAUACAUAAUAUUUCACUUUUAUGCUUUGCGAUCUGCUGACUCAACACAUUCUUCUUUAAAAAUCUGGUAAUUUUUUCGUCACUAUCGUAUCACGGAUCGGAUUACUGAUGGAUUUCCUAUUUAUACACUUGGUAGCAUUUCCUUGCUGCAAUUCUCACUUCAAAUCAACACUUCAAAUCAACAUCGAUAUGUAAAAAAUUUUAAAAGUUUGCAACUACGUAUUUUUUAUGUGGAGACUUACUACUCGCUACAUGUCAUUGCAUAUUUAUCUGAGCACUCACAGCUCUUUACUACUAUUCACUAGUCAGCAUUGCCAGGCUCCAUCCCUGUUCUCUAAUGUGAAUACACAUCAAUGGUG